UAAAUGAAGCAGUGGGAGCACUAAUGUACCACAAUAUUACUCUAACAAGAGAAGACCUGGAAAAGUUCAAAGCAUUACGAAUAAUCGUACGGAUAGGCAGUGGUUAUGAUAACAUUGACGUUAAGACUGCAGGAGAGCUCGGGAUUGCAGUAUGUAACAUCCCAGCAGCAGCUGUUGAGGAAACGGCUGAUUCCACGCUCUGCCACAUUCUGAAUUUAUACCGGCGGAACACUUGGCUAUACCAGGCACUGCGUGAGGGAACCCGAGUGCAGAGUGUGGAGCAGAUCCGAGAAGUAGCAUCAGGAGCAGCGAGAAUCCGAGGGGAGACGCUAGGACUAAUUGGUUUUGGUCGUGUCGGUCAAGCGGUUGCUGUUCGAGCCAAAAUUUUUGGGUUUAAUAUAAUAUUUUAUGAUCCAUACUUGCCCGAUGGUAUUGAGCGAUCUCUAGGCGUACAGAGAGUUUAUACCCUACAAGAUCUGCUGUACCAGAGUGACUGUGUGUCAUUGCAUUGCAAUCUGAAUGAACACAACCACCAUCUUAUUAAUGACUUCACCAUCAAACAGAUGAGACAGGGAGCAUUUUUGGUAAACACAGCCCGAGGAGGAUUGGUUGAUGAGAAGGCUUUAGCUCAGGGGCUGAAAGAGGGAAGAAUACGAGGUGCUGCUCUUGAUGUUCAUGAAAGUGAGCCUUUCAGCAGUAAAUAUUGGUCAGUGUGAUACAUUCCAUCUGCA